AGUGCGCUUGCGCCUUGACCGUCCCGGUGGCGGUGACGUCGUGGGGGAGCGAGCGCGCGCGCGCGCACGAGUUGCGGGGAUUAUUUUGGCGCCAGAGUGGAAGUGCGGUGGUUGCUGCAUCAUUGAGGCUGUUUGGAAGUUGGAGGGAUGGCCGUCAGAUUGUCGGAGGGGGCCAUUGCGUCAAUAGUUCAAGGGGGAACUCCUUCACAGCCACUUCUGCAAGUUAUUAGUAUUCGACGAAUCACAAAUGGGCCCCCAAGGUACCGCGUACUAAUGAGUGACGGAAUCCAUACACUGUCAUCUUUCCUCUUAGCAACUCAACUGAACUACAUGGGAGAUGAUGGCCUUAUUGCAGUAAACUGCAUCUGUCAAAUCAACCGGUUCAUCUGUAAUACAAUGAAGGAUGGAAGACGUGCGGUAGUGAUUGUUGACUUGCAAGUCGUUAGAUCAGCUGAUCAGGUGAAUGGAAAGAUUGGUAAUCCAGUGCCGAUCAAUGAAGGUCAGACACAGCAGUCAGCUGCUGUUGCCAACCCAUCAACAAUCAAACCGGUGCAAAAUGACCCUGCAUCUGGCACUGCUUCAGUUCACAGUAUCCCAGCAAAAAUUGAGAACAAGCUGCCAAAUAAAUCUGGUGGCAUGAGAGGACUACCAAGCAGCAUUGGAGCAUCACAGACAAAGGUGGUGCCCAUCGCCUGUCUGAACCCCUACCAGUCUAAAUGGACAAUCCGAGCUCGUGUUACCAAUAAAAGUCAGAUUAGAACGUGGAGCAACUCUCGUGGAGAAGGGAAGCUAUUUUCUAUUGAGCUGCUGGAUGAGAGUGGUGAAAUUAGAGCCACUGUUUUCACUGAGCAAGUGGAUAAGUUUUUCCCACUCAUUGAAGUAAAUAAGGUAUAUCUUGUGUCAAAAGGAACACUGAAGACUGCCAACAAACAGUAUACAUCUGUGAAGAAUGAUUAUGAGAUGACAUUUAACAAUGAAACCUCUGUGAUCCCUUGUGGUGAUGGAGAUGACUUGCCCACGGUACAAUUUGAGUUUGUACCGAUUCAUCAGCUUGAAAAUAAGAACAAAGAUACAAUGCUCGAUGUAAUUGGAAUCUGCAAGUCAUUUGAAGAUGUCACUAAAAUAACAGUGAGGUCAAAUAAUCGUGAAGUAUCCAAGAGAAAUGUUUAUCUGAUGGACAUGUCUGGGAAAGUUGUCAGUACUACACUGUGGGGUGAAGAUGCUGAGAAGUUUGAUGGAUCGGGACAGCCAGUGGUGGCUAUUAAAGGAGCCAGACUUUCAGAUUUCGGCGGGAGAUCUCUAUCCGUUUUGUCAUCCAGCACUAUCUUGAUUAAUCCUGACAUUCCAGAGGCUUUCAAACUAAGAGCAUGGUUUGAUACUGAGGGCCAGGUGAUGGAAGGAACAUCUAUUUCUGAUGCAAAGGGUGGUUCCGUUGGAGGAAACACAAACUGGAAAGUGCUGCUUGAAGUUAAAAAUGAAAAUUUGGGUCAUGGAGAUAAGCCUGAUUAUUACACGACUGUAGGUACCAUUGUGUAUCUAAGGAAGGAAAACUGUAUGUACCAGGCAUGCCCCACUGCUGAUUGCAAUAAGAAGGUUGUGGAUCAACAGAAUGGCCUUUAUAGGUGUGAGAAGUGUGAUCGCGAGUUCUCCAACUUCAAAUAUCGAAUGAUCUUGUCAGUAAACCUCGCAGACUUUGGAGAAAAUCAGUGGGUAACGUGUUUCCAGGAGACAGGCGAGGCAAUUCUUGGGCAGAAUGCCAAUUAUCUUGGAGAGUUGAAGGACUCGAAUGAACAAGCCUUUGAAGAAAUUUUCCAGAAUGCAAACUUCCGGUCCUACACCUGCAGAAUCCGUGUCAAACUUGAAACAUACAAUGAUGAAUCUCGCAUCAAAGCGACGAUGAUGGAUGUGAAACCAGUGGACCAUAAGGAGUACAGCAAGAGGCUGAUAAUGAAUAUUAGGAAACAUGCAGCUACACAAGCUUACUGAAUGCUGAGUAGAUGUGAAGAAUGAAUGCCAGUGGAAACUGGGUGCUUCAGAUAUUCAAUUAAAUACACAUUCUUUCGGGCUUUGAAAAUGGAAGACUAUUUUAAUUUGGAAUCAGUUGCAGAGUUCUGCAUUUCCAGAGUUACCGUGGAAAUGCCGGCUGCGUGGAUUAUAGAACUAGAGCUGUUGAAUUCUGAUCAACUUGUGCUAGAUGACGAGACUGAAUAUGUGUCUGUGUAAAUAGGCUUUCCUACCACUAUAGGUAAUCACAGGAUGAACAGUAAAGCCAUUUAUUUACCCCACCCCCCAACUCCAUUGUCCCCCUUCCGCUUUCAAAUUUUGCACAACUUAUUUCAGUUCUGCAUUCUAAUAAACAUUGACAAAAGAA